CGGCGGCGAGAGAGGAGGAGGAGGGGAGGAAGCAGCGUCCGCGCUCCGCGGAGCCGCAUCCCGGACAGGCGCCGAGCGGAGCGGGUGCUGCUGCCCGAGCGGGCGGGGGGCCGCCUCCCAACGCCUCCCCACCCGCCCCGGCAGCGGCACCGCAGCGCCCCCGCGGAGGGGGAAGGGGCGGGGGGGGAGGAGAAGGAGGAGGAGAAGCCUCCGGUCGAUGAGCAGCGCCCGGCCGUGCCCAGGGGAGCCGCGGCCGCCGCAGCAGCAUGUGGAGCCCCACCGAGGAGGAGAAAUACGGCGUGGUGAUAUGCAGCUUCCGAGGAGCUGUGCCGCAAGGCUUGGUCCUGGAACUGGGGGAGACUGUCCAGAUCCUAGAGAAAUGUGAAGGCUGGUACAGAGGUGUUUCCAUUAAGAAGCCAAAUGUAAAGGGGAUUUUUCCUGCAAACUAUAUUCACUUGAAAAAGGCAAUCGUCAGUAACAGAGGGCAAUAUGAAACAGUUGUUCCGCUUGAAGAUUCUGUUGUUACUGAAGUCACAGCAACGCUGCAGGAAUGGGCUGUGCUCUGGAAACAGCUGUAUGUGAAACAUAAGGUAGAUCUUUUCUACAAGCUGCGCCAUGUGAUGAAUGAGCUCAUUGACCUGCGCAGGCAGCUGCUCUCAGGGCACUUGACGCAGGAUCAGGUGCGCGAGGUCAAGAGACACCUCACAGUCAGGCUGGACUGGGGCAACGAACAUUUGGGCCUGGAUUUAGUUCCUCGGAAGGACUUUGAGGUUGUGGAUUCAGAUCAGAUCAGUGUUUCAGAUCUUUAUAAAAUGCAUUUGUCAAGUAGACACAGUGUCCAGCAGAGCACGUCACAGGUGGAUACGAUUCGUCAGCGUCAUGGAGAAGCUUGCCGUCUGCCAGUGCCUCAUCACUUCUUCCUCAGUUUAAAGAGCUUCACCUACAAUACAAUUGGAGAAGACACAGACGUCUUUUUUUCUUUGUACGACGUUCGAGAAGGCAAGCAGAUCAGUGAGAGGUUUAUGGUGAGGUUAAACAAGAACGGAGGCCCCAGGAAUCCGGAGAAGAUAGAUCGAAUGUGUGCCCUUUUCACAGAUCUCAGCAGCAAGGACAUGAAGAGGGAUUUGUACAUAGUUGCCCAUGUAAUUCGAAUAGGUCGCAUGUUGCUAAAUGAUUCAAAAAAAGGACCCCCUCAUUUACACUACCGCCGCCCUUAUGGCUGUGCAGUGUUGAGCAUCAUGGAUGUACUUCAGUCGCUCUCAGAAAUAAAAGAAGAGAAGGACUUUGUUCUCAAAGUUUACACGUGUAACAAUGAAAAUGAGUGGUGCCAGAUCCAUGAAAAUAUUAUCCGCAAGUCCAGCACCAAAUACACAGCACCCAGCUCCAACUAUGGACUUAUAAUAUCUCUUCAGCUUCUUCGUGGCGACAUGGAGCAGAUUCGGAGGGAAAACCCCAUGAUCUUUAACAGAGGCGUUUCUGUUACCAGGAAGCUGGGGUUUCCCGAUGUUAUCAUGCCAGGUGACAUCCGCAAUGACUUAUAUCUGACGUUAGAAAAGGGCGACUUUGAAAGAGGUGGGAAGAGCGUGCAAAAGAACAUCGAGGUGACCAUGUACGUGCUCUAUGCGGAUGGAGAAAUCCUGAAGGACUGCAUCAGCCUGGGCUCGGGAGAGCCAAGCAGGAGCGCCUACCACUCCUUUGUCCUUUACCACAACAACAGCCCUCGAUGGGGGGAAAUCAUCAAGUUGCCCAUCCCUAUAGACAGGUUCCGUGGGUCUCACCUCCGGUUUGAGUUCAGACAUUGCUCCACAAAAGACAAGGGAGAAAAGAAGCUCUUUGGGUUUGCAUUCACUCCGUUGAUGCGAGAUGAUGGUACUACCUUGUCAGAUGAUAUCCACGAGCUUUAUGUUUAUAAGUGUGAUGAGAACAGCACGUUUAACAACCACGCCCUGUACCUGGGGCUGCCCUGCUGCAAAGAGGACUACAACGGCUGCCCCAACAUCCCUUCCAGCCUCAUCUUCCAGCGCAGCACCAAAGAGACCUUCUCAGUCUCCACACAGCUUUCCUCUACCAAACUGACCCAGAAUGUGGAUUUGCUUGCUCUGCUGAAAUGGAAAGCUUAUCCAGAUCGGGUGAUGGAUAUUCUAGGAAGACUGAGACAUGUCAGCGGCGAGGAAAUCGUUAAGUUCCUACAAGAUAUUCUUGACACGUUGUUUGUAGUUUUGGAUGACAACACAGAGAAGUACGGGCUGUUGGUCUUCCAGUCCUUGGUAUUCAUCAUAAACCUGCUGCGUGACAGCAAGUAUUUCCAUUUUCGUCCUGUGAUGGACACGUACAUUCAGAAGCACUUUGCAGGAGCGCUGGCUUACAAAGAGCUGAUCCGCUGCUUGAAGUGGUACAUGGAUCGUUCCGCGGAGCUCGUGCGCCAAGACCACAUCCAGGAAGCGAUGAGAGCCUUGGAAUACCUUUUCAAGUUCAUUGUCCAAUCUCGGAUCCUUUACUCCAGAGCUACUUGUGGAAUGGAGGAGGAACAGUUCCGCUCCAGCAUCCAGGAGCUUUUCCAGUCCAUCAGAUUUGUGCUCAGCUUGGACAGCAGGAGCUCCGAGACUCUCAUCUUCACACAGGCGCCUCAGCCUGGAGGGCAGGCGAGCGGAGCUGGGACGUGUGCCCCACAAAAGUGUGGUGGUACGUCAAGGCCGUCAUUUAAUUCUGCAGCUUUGCUGAACUCCUUCCCCGCUAUCUUUGAUGAGCUGCUGCAGAUGUUCACCGUGCAGGAGGUGGCGGAGUUCGUGCGGGGCACGCUGGGCAGCAUGCCCAGCACAGUGCACAUCGGGCAAUCCAUGGACGUUGUUAAGCUACAGUCGAUCGCACGCACUGUCGACAGCCGCCUGUUCUCCUUCCCAGAGUCCCGGCGCAUUCUGCUACCUGUAGUUCUUCACCACAUUCACCUUCACCUACGACAGCAGAAGGAGCUACUUAUUUGCUCGGGGAUCCUCAGCAGUAUCUUCUCCAUAAUCAAGACCAGCUCUUUGGAGGGAGAUGUCGUGGAGGAGGUUGAGAUGAUGGUGGAGAGCCUCCUGGAUGUGCUUUUACAAACUCUGCUUACAAUCAUGAGUAAAUCGCAGUCUCAGGAGGCGGUAAGAGGGCAGCGUUGCCCGCAGUGCACAGCAGAAAUCACUGGAGAAUAUGUCUCCUGCCUUUUAUCUUUGCUUCGUCAGAUGUCAGACACUCAUUUCCAGCACUUACUGGACAACUUCCAAAGCAAGGAUGAACUAAAGGAGUUCCUCUUGAAGAUUUUCUGUGUAUUUCGGAACCUGAUGAAAAUGAGUGUCUUUCCUCGAGACUGGAUGGUGAUGAGGUUGCUCACCAGCAAUAUCAUAGUUACAACAGUUCAGUACCUGUCCUCUGCGCUGCACAAGAACUUCACGGAAACGGACUUUGAUUUUAAAGUGUGGAACUCUUAUUUCAGCCUGGCAGUUCUGUUUAUAAACCAGCCGAGUCUCCAACUUGAAAAUGCCACACCAGCAAAGCGGAAGAAGAUUCUGGAUAAAUACGGCGAUAUGAGAGUGAUGAUGGCGUACGAGCUGUUCAGCAUGUGGCAGAACCUGGGGGAGCAUAAGAUUCACUUUAUUCCGGGAAUGAUUGGCCCCUUCCUUGGCGUUACACUUGUCCCACAACCGGAAGUUCGGAAUAUCAUGAUCCCCAUCUUCCAUGACAUGAUGGACUGGGAGCAGAGAAAGAACGGCAACUUUAAACAGGUGGAAGCUGAGCUGAUCGAUAAGCUGGACAGCCUGGUAUCCGAAGGAAAAGGUGAUGAGAACUACAGGGAACUCUUCAGCCUGCUAACCCAGCUCUUUGGGCCCUAUCCCAGUUUGCUGGAGAAGAUUGAGCAGGAGACGUGGCGGGAGACUGGAAUCUCUUUUGUUACAUCAGUUACUCGUCUCAUGGAGCGUCUGCUUGACUACAGGGACUGCAUGAAAGGAGAUGAAACAGAAAACAAGAAAAUCGGCUGCACUGUUAACCUUAUGAAUUUCUAUAAAUCCGAGAUUAACAAGGAAGAGAUGUACAUCCGCUAUAUCCACAAGCUGUGUGACAUGCACCUACAGGCUGAGAACUACACAGAAGCUGCAUUUACGUUGCUUUUGUACUGUGAGUUGCUUCAGUGGGAGGACAGACCUCUGAGAGAGUUCCUGCAUUAUCCAUCUCAGUCAGAGUGGCAACGUAAGGAAGGUCUGUGCCGUAAGAUUAUCCAUUACUUCAACAAAGGGAAGAGCUGGGAGUUUGGGAUCCCGCUGUGCAGGGAACUGGCCAUCCAGUACGAAAGUCUCUACGACUACCAGAGCCUCAGCUGGAUUCGGAAAAUGGAAGCUACCUAUUAUGAUAAUAUCAUGGAACAGCAGCGCUUGGAGCCAGAGUUUUUCAGAGUUGGUUUUUAUGGUCGGAAAUUCCCAUUUUUCCUGCGGAACAAAGAAUAUGUAUGUCGGGGCCACGACUACGAGAGGCUGGAAGCCUUCCAGCAGAGGAUGCUGAGUGAGUUCCCACAAGCCAUUGCAAUGCAGCAUCCAAACCAUCCGGACGACUCGAUAUUGCAGUGUGAUGCCCAGUAUUUGCAGAUCUAUGCAGUGACUCCCAUCCCGGACAAUAUAGACGUGCUGCAAAUGGACCGUGUCCCUGACCGCAUAAAGAGCUUCUACCGAGUCAACAACAUCCGGAAAUUCCGCUACGACAGGCCCUUCCACAAGGGCCCAAAGGACAAGGAGAAUGAAUUUAAGAGCUUGUGGAUUGAACGUACCACUCUGACCUUGACUCACAGUUUGCCUGGGAUCUCUCGCUGGUUUGAAGUGGAGAGAAGAGAACUGGUUGAAGUAAGUCCUUUGGAAAAUGCCAUUCAAGUGGUUGAGAACAAAAACCAGGAGCUGAGAACGCUGAUAAGCCAGUACCAGCAUAAACAAAUGCAUGGUAACAUUAAUCUUCUCAGCAUGUGUCUGAACGGAGUGAUUGAUGCGGCGGUUAAUGGCGGAAUUGCACGAUACCAGGAGGCCUUUUUUGAUAAAGAUUAUAUCACAAAGCACCCUGGCGACGCAGAGAAGAUCACGCAGCUCAAGGAACUCAUGCAGGAGCAGGUACACGUCUUAGGAGUGGGUCUGGCAGUUCAUGAGAAAUUUGUACACCCAGAAAUGCGGCCUCUGCAUAAGAAACUGAUAGACCAGUUCCAGAUGAUGCGAUCCAGCCUGUACCAUGAGUUACCUGGUCUGGAUAAGCUGAGUCCGGCCUGCUCUGGAUCGAGUACGCCGCGCAGCAAUGUGCUGGUUUCGCAUGGACCCAUGAGCCCCGAGAGCCUAAAGCUGAUGCAUCGACACAGCCCACUGAACAUGCUGGGUUCUGUCCGACACUCGUCCUCCUCUCUGUCGUCCCACACCUCCAGCGAAACAGGAAACCUGGUGAUCCUAACGGACAGUUCCAUGGGGGAGACGGCCGAGGAUAUGUACCACAUGCAGGCCAGCCCUUCCACCUCAAGCCUGAGCUCUACUCACUCGGCACCGUCCCAGAUGAUUAACUCUGCCCCUUCCAGUGCUCGAGUGCUGGUGAAAGGUGCUGGACUGACAACACUGGAGGCUGAAGCCCUCUAUUUACCCACAGAGCAGAUACAGUAUGGGCGGCAGCCGUGCAAGCUUCCCCACGCUGUCCCCUCCAAUGUGCCUCAUCUCUGUCCUGGAGGGACCACCUCUAGAGGCUCUCCCUCUCUACCAGAUAAGUACCGCCACUCUCGGGAGAUGAUGAUGUUGCUGCCUGCCCAUCGGGACCGGCCCAGCAGCGCCAUGUAUCCCACUGCCAUCAUGGAAAAUGGACAGCCUCCAAACUUCCAGCGCGCCUUGAUGCAGCAAAUGAUCGGACCGUGCAAACCUUGCAGUGAUCCCAACCUGUCCGUGGCUGAGAAAGCUGUGCCAGCAGCACCCAGCAGCUGGAGCCUAGACAGCGGAACCAGAGAGGCCCUGCCAUUCCUGUCUGCCCACGUUGGGAGCAUCUUGGCCCCACCAGUACCUCCCCGAAGCCUGCCCCAUGGACACUACUCGCUGCACUUCGAUGCCUUCCAUCACCAGCUCAGUGAUGCUCCUCCGGCACUGCCUGCACGAACAUUGCGCAAGUCCCCUCUUCAUCCUAUCCCUGCAUCACCCACCAGCCCGCAGUCCGGUCUCGAUGGAAGUAACUCCACUUUAUCCGGCAGUGCCAGCAGUGGCGUCUCUUCCUUGAGCGAGAGUAAUUUUGGACAUUCAUCCGAACCACCUCCUCGCACAGACACCAUGGAUUCUGUCCCCAGCCAAGCCUGGAACACUGAUGAAGACCUAGAGACACCCUACCUCCCUGUCAGGUACAGCCUCUCUGAGCCUGAUGUCCUAGAGUCACUCAAAUCCCAGCCAUGCCGAAGCCACUCUGCUCCAUCUGGAGUCAUUCCUCAGGACACCAUGGACCCUCCCGCUCUUCCUCCCAAACCUUACCACUCCCGGCUUCCCAACAUAGAGAACGAGGAGGGGAUGAUCAUUGAAGAUGACGACAAGCACCGCCCCUUGCAUCGGAAAGUGUCCCAACCCGUGAGCGGUGGAAAGGAGGAGCAGGCCAGGGUAGCGUGGGAGCACGGCAUCGGCGAGCAGUAGGGGCAACUCCUGGCAAGCAGCUUGCAUCGUCGGUCCAGGUCCGACUGUGAAGGAGAGGCAUGGACUCGGAGAACAGCAAACCGAUUUUCUACUGCCGCAAGUUUGUGUCUGGAGCCCACAACAGCAAUUGGGCCAGCAUGAGAGGUUGCUGCUUUCCUUUUUAAUUUCUUUUUACACCUUUCCGUUAUGUUUUUUAACUUUCUGUGCAGUGGACAGUUUAUUCCUUCUGCAGUUUCCUACCCGCAUUAUCUGGGACUUGCAGAAGCUGAAACAUAACAGUUUUAAGCGGAGGGAAAGGGGGGGCGGAACGUGGCAAGCUGAUUUUGGAACCGCUUUCCUCCCACUUCCAAGACGCACACGAGUAGAAGCAGUUGCACUAGGGAUUUACUUCUUUGCUGUACAGAAGCGAAAGCUCAUUGCUGAAAUCAGGGAUUCUAUGAACUGUCAGGCUGGAAGGUGCAUGAGCUGCAGGCAGUGGAAAGAUGGCAAUUUAAGAAGAAAUUGGCUCUUUUGAGAGCGAGUUUGUACAUAUCUGUGCAGUGAUCUCCCUGCAUUGGUUCAUAGGUGCUGAGGCAAUCUAACCAGUGCUAAUGCACUGAUUCCCAAGAUAUCAUUCCCAACAAACUCUGCCUCCUUUGUUUUUUAUGUACUGUUUGAUUUCUUAGAUUUUGCUUUCACUGGCGAAACCAACCUGCUUUCUCAUUGGAAUCAUACGCUGUUCAUCUCUGCUGUGGGAUGAGAGGGGGUUAGUAGCCACUGGAGCUGCGAUCUACUUGUAGGCCUUUCCCGUGCCCAGCUUUGGGCAGGCUGUUGACACCAGCAUUUCUAUUCCAGUUUAAAAAAGAAAACAUAACCACCACACCCAAAUUGAGCUUCUCAUGCCACAGGUGGUUGAGGACCCAGAAAAGGUGGCUUAAAUGCAUCAUAUCCAACAAUCUUUGCCUCAGGGCUAAACAUCACAAUUCUCACCAACGUCCAUCACCCAGGAGCUGAGAUUCAUUCCCUGUUAACACAAUGUCCUCUGCCCCUCCUCAAACCUCGCUGCGGCUGGUGAGCAGAAAGCAUCUCCAUCCCUCUGAGGAGACGGAACGCACCAAACGUCAAGAAAUGCCCAGCGUAUAGCGUGCGCCCUAGAGCCAGGGAUCUUAAAGGCAACCUGUAAGGAAGAAAUGUUUGUUUCCUCUUUUGCUUCUUUAUAAAGUAGAACGAAGCUUUAGGAGCUGCUUCCUCUCUCUUCUGGAAGGUUGAUUUCUUUCUUUUCUCCUCAGGCAGCAAUACAACCAACCUCCCCACCCCCCGCUUUUUGUUAUUGACCUGCUCCAGAAAGGGCUGAAGAACCUUUUAAAGGAAAAAACCCCAAACCCCAGAAACAGCACUAUGCAGCUGUCAAGACAGUACAAGUCUCUUGACACAAAGCAAGCCUUUUAAUCACAAUUCGCUUAGUUCAGUACAUAACAAACCAGGAAAAAAUUCUGUGGGUAACAGAGCCACGAUCCGGUCAUGAAACAGAACAGUAAGAAAUCUUACAUUCCUAUUUUCAGUAUAUUUUAAGAAACUUGAGAGUACCAAAUACUCCUUGUUUUUAGCUGACCAGGCAGUGUUCCUCCCCCCGCCACAACGCACACGCCCUGGCCUUCCUCCCAGCCCCUUCCCCUGCAGAUGGCAAAGCACACGUGAGGGGAGGCAACGGAGCCCCCUUGCUCUCACCGCUAGAGAACCUGAAGCACAUUCACCUGAGAGACUUACCUCCUCCUUAUCAAUUAAGUGUCAGAAACAGGAACAGCACUCAAUUUUCAUAUCCAAAUCUCACCCAAACCACUCAGUUUCUCGUGGUACAAACAGCAUAAAGAAGCAAAAAAGGAUACUGUCAUUCUUUUACAGGUCCCCUUUAGCGCUACCUCUGAAAUAGCAACUGGGCAGAGUCCGUCGCUGCUGAAGUUCCUGACGAUGGUGUCUGUGCAGAGCCUGGACUCGGCCCUUGUGUGAAGGGGAUUAAGAGGAUUGUUUAUUUUCUUUCUUUCUCAAGCUCUAGCCCAUGCAAAACCACUACAUUAUAGAUUUGUUUCUUAAAUGGCCUGUUUGGCUGGAACAAAAGUCUCUCUUGCUUCCUCUAUUUUGCUAUUAACACAGGCUGCUUAUAAUCAUUAUAUCCUUCACAAUUAAGACAAUGGUAAUAAGACCUGGCCUAUAGUAGACAUUUCGCCUCUAGCAGGAAAGAGAGUUUUCCGCUACCAGGACAGUCCUAAUGUUCCUGAACCGAUGGCUCUCUGGUAAAGAACACAAGUAUGAAAGCUCAACUCAAAGUUACAUUUUUGGUAAAGGUAAGUCCAGGUUACAAACAAGAGAAAUAUUUUCACAUCUGCUAUUCUCCAAUCUGACUUGAGAUUCCUCAGUUGAAGGUUUUAAGAGAAUGAAGUAUACGAAUCCAUCUCCCCUGCCCCUUGGCAUUUUUUUGGUGGGAAGAUUAAAACUGGUAAAUGCAGUGACUUUACCAAGCAUCCUCAUCGCAAAAGAACAGCAGGUCUUGCAAAUAAAGCUUUGGAAAAGAAAGAAUGCGACUAACAUGGGUCCAAGUCCCAGUCAGCUGGAAAAGCUGCCCACCGGAGCUCUAGUUCUCCUGCUCUGGUACAAGAGCGGCAAGUCCACUUGGGGAGCCCAGCACCACUAUCUGUUCAUAGAAGUUGGAAGAUCAGUCGCACGAUGGAUAUAAUAUACACCAAGUUUAUGGCAGGGCCACACAGGGAAGGACUAAACAAAUCACUGAAUUUACCAAAUUUAAGCCUCUCUGGAGCUGAAUUUCUGUUCCUAUUCCAAUAUGUACCGUGUGUUCUGUCUCCCUUUUCUGUGCUUGCCUUAGAGGAGGCAGAUGACACACAGACUAGCAUCAUGAUUUCGCAACCAUUAUAACUAACACUUUUUGUAGGGUGGGUGUCUCAGAGCACAGUGCAACUCCAAAAUCAAACUCUGUCCUGGAGCAGGUGGAAGCAACAGCCGCUGUUGCGCUGGCCCAGCAGGAUUUGAAGAUGCCUUGUAUAAACCACAACAACCGGAUGUUUUGAACAGGACCUUAUCAUUCUAUUAACUUCAAUUCCAACCCAAUACGUACUUGCCUUCACUGGGUUUCCUUUGCGUAACAAAACGGCACAUGUGUUCCUGAGAAAAGGGGUGGAAUUCUGCUGCCAAUCCCUCCCUGGGCGGUGCGCAUGCUGGCCCCAUCUGAAACAAAAUUGAGAAGGAACUACAGGAGCAGAACAAAAACUAUUCAAACAAUUUCUCCAAAUACUACAAUUUUUUUCCAUUGGUUGGUUUUAUUCCUGUGCGCGAUGGAAGAUGCUGUUCUGUCUUUUCCUCUGUUUGCUUUUUAGCUUAUUACCCUUCUCUAGGUGAGGGAUAUUGCGUUAUCCCGUCUGUGGGGGAAUCGGCCAAACCUGGGGAGGCUGGAGAGAGCAAGAGCCUUUGGGAAACAAAUUAUGGAAUAGUUAAAGUUUCCUCUGAUCACGCUUCUUUGUAAAUACCCCCAUUUGAAUGCUGUGUAUUUGUACAGGAAAUUGAGCAAAAAAUGUAUAGAUUGUGCCGUCUGACUGGUAUUCUGCCCUGUAAAUGUGUUUUUAACCUCUGGCAUUCCAUGCUUAUUUAAAAAAUGAAAAAAAGGCAAAAACCUCUAACCACUUCUCUUUUGUGUAUUCAUGUUUAAAAUACAAUGAAAACAGCUAUCUUAUCUAUAAUGGAAAUCAAAUUUAAAAGGAAAAAAAUAAUUUGUACAAGUGUCCUAAAGGUACUUCAUUGUAUAUAUUGUGAUAGCAUGUUUCCAGAACCGACAAAUAAGUGGUGUGAAUUUUAGAUGUAAAUAUCUGCCGUUCGUUUGGGGUUUCCUUCCCGUGCCCAUUCACCCGACUGCUGUGAUGUGGAAUUAAAGAUUAAUACCCGAUAUUAAAACAG